AAGUUCAAAGGAUCAUGGAGUGUAAACAAAAUGUUGUGGAGAGGAUAAUGAGCAGACUAAGCUUUCUCACAGGCUUAUUCGGCAUCCAGCUGUAACCUAACCUGCUAACAGUGAAGCAGCGGCUCUUAAAACUAUAGAAAGUUUGAAUUUUCCCUCUUUUGCGGUGUUAAAUUUGUUCUAGAGUCAUGAGCUGCUGUUCAACCGGUCAUCCUCCUGCUCGCAGCCCUCCGCUUUCUGCUACUUUAGCUCCCAUAACCAACAUGUUGGACACAGCUGCAGAGCAAAUGAUGAUCAACAAAGAUUUCCAGGCGGCUUUUGACACGUGUGACAGAGGCCUGGAGAGUCUGGACAGCAUGGAGCCAGAGGACAGCAGAUGUGAGGAGUUCAGGAUGGGUUUCUGCAUCUUAGGGAUCCAGGCUCUGGCUGAGCUGAAUCGGUGGCAGGACGUCCUCUCCUGGGUCCUGCAGCAGUACGAGCACCAGAACAUCCCAGCUAGAAUCAUGCAGAUGUGCAUACUUCUUUACUCCAAGGUCGGGGAGCCUGCCGUGAUGCAGGAGGCAGCCAGAGUUUGGCUGCUCUGCCCGUUGAACAGCGCAGUGUCCGGCUUCAGGACGGUCGCAGAGCUCUACCUGCUGCACAUCCUCGUGCCUCUGGGACACGGGGAGGAGGCCCGGGAGCUGAUUGUAGGUGAGGUGGGCAGCGCUGCGUUCACAGAAGACCAGAGACGGACGGCGCUGGAUGUCGUGGAAGAAAAAGAGCGACGGGAUCAAGAAGCGCCUUUUGAUCCCAACGUCAGCCCGAGCUUGGACGUCACGGCUCAUCCUCAGGGUAGUGCAUUUCACAAACUUGCAGCCAUGCUCAGGUUUUUAUACAGGAAAGUCACGAUGAGCCGCUCUGGUUCAUUCCCCCUCCGGAGACUCUUUCUGGCUGCUGUUCUCAUCUACGUGCUUUUUUUCCGGCUGGAUCCAGCUCUCCCCUCUUCAUUCAUAUGGAUUUCCAAACUUUACCAGCUUCUCAGACAGAUGUGGACCGCCAUGUUUGCUCCAUAUUAUCAGCCGCUCGCUCAGAGCAAAGAACUGUGAAAGACUGAAUAUCACACUGUGUUUGUUGCAGCAUUUUGAUUCAGCCGUGUUUUGUAAUCGAACAUGAUUUAAUCCCUGAUUCAUUUGAUAUCAUACCUGUGAAACCACAGCCACACAAGCAGCUUCCUCAUCCCAGGAGUAUUUGCUGUUGUAAAAUGCCCCACUGACUCUGAGAGCUUGAUGUUACCACCUGGUUUUGUGAACCUGUGACGUGUGAAUACGUUCAUGUUGGUGCAUCGUUAAGGUUGCAGAUCCACAUUGUUGAGCUUGAAGCAACGCCCGCCUCAUCAAGAUCCUUUUAUUUAUUCAGGAUCUCUGCAUCCUGAUCACGAUGGCAUUAGAAGGUGAAAGUAUGAAUGAGAAAAUGGAUACAAUGUAUGAACAUGUCGGCUUAAUUGAAGGGUCAAUAUAUAAUUGCGUGACUUUUUGUAUCAUAGUUGACUGUUUUUUGCUGUUUUCAGGCCUAAAACCAACAUGGCCACCUAUAAACAAACACCACAUGACAUUUUUACACAAAGAUUCUCCUGUGCAACUGAGUAAAAUUGAAAGUUAUUUAUGAAGAUAUUGUCGUAAACCUGUUGACAUGCCAUAAAUCCACUCUUGACUCACACACUACUUUAUGUUAAAUAACUCAGAAAGCAUUGAGAGGUGUUUUUUGUAACGGGUAACUUAGUUGGAAGUGAGACAAUUUAUUAUUUUCCAUUUAAAAUUUGAUAUAUCGACAAAAAAGAAAUAUCUGUCAUGAUUGUCGCAACUUAGUACAAAGAACACAAAACUAUUUCUGAAUAAACUCAUUUUAUUAUUGUUUAGCUCAUUAGAAAGUGGUUAUUGUUAAAUUCAGGCGGUUAUUUAGUUGAUAUGUUUGUGAUAUCCAGUCAUUUAUUAUUAAUAAAUGAUUGUUUCCAUAAUAAAUAAUUAUGGAAUUUGUAAA